AGUAAGCAAGUGGCAGCCGCCUAGAAAGGUGGUCUUUUGAAAAAAAAGUAAAUUAUUAUAUACUAAAUCAGGAUACAAUAAACCAUCAUCGCCAGGGACCUCUCUCAUCCACAAUUAGAGCUAAGCUGGAUUUUAAGCUUGAAAUUAGUUUUGUUUUUUUUUUUAACAUAUUUUCGUUGAAGUGUUUUCACUUUUCACAAUUUUGAGCAAAAUGGCAUCCGAAGCUAUAAUUGAUCUUUUAGGGAAUAAAACGGAAAUUGAAAUCACAAUGGAAGAAGAAUUUGCAAUUAAUUCACCAACUCCGAUGAUAGUAAUCCUGGCUUCAUAUCUGCUAAUAAUUUUGAAAAUUGGACCUGAAAUAAUGAAGUCAAGACCGGCAUUCCAACUCAAGUCCUACAUUGUGAUUUACAAUAUUCUUCAAGUGCUUUGUUGUAUCUAUUUAGUUCAUAAGGUUGUUGUUAUUAAUCUCCCAACUUUAACAUUUUGGGAAUGUGCUUACUUUCAACCUGGAAGUAUUGAGGAAAAAGACUUUAAUCACAUAAGUUAUUUUACAUUUUGGUUAAAAGUCAGUGAACUAAGUGAAACCAUAGUUUUUGUAUUGCGAAAAAAACAGCGACAAGUCUCAUUUUUACACGUUUUCCAUCAUUGUGCUACAUUGUUUCUGGUUUAUCAACUUUCAAGAACUUAUAAAGGCAAUUCAGCUCUGUAUCCACUUUUCCUCAAUUGCAACGUCCACAUUAUUAUGUAUUGUUACUAUUUAAUGGCUGCCGUUCUUCCCGAUAAAAUUGUUUCCAAGUUGACUCCGGUUAAAAAAGCAAUCACCACAAUACAAAUGGUCCAAUUUGCUCUGAUACUUCUACAAGUUGUUGUAGCUCUAAGUAAAGGUUGUAAAGUUCCACCAGUUAUCUUGUCAAUUUAUGUUCUAAUUAUAAUUGCAUUUUUCUAUAUGUUUUAUGAUUUCUAUAAAAAGAAUUAUUCAUCGAGAGAACCUUUAACUACUAAAAAAUCAGAGAAAUUAAUUUAAAUAAUAAACAAAAAAAAACGUAUUAAGUAUAGAUAAACAUUAAACUAUUCAAACAAAAAAUAAGAGCAUUUAAUAUAGUAAUUAGUUAGUAAAUUACCAUAUUCACCUUUAAAAUAUAAACUACAUUGUAUGAGAAGUAUGUCAUGAAGUUUUUAAAUAAAAAAAUAUAAUAACAAGCUGUUAA